AACAACGGAACACGACCAAGAAGUGCCGAAGAAGAAGCCUCCGCCUCCCGUGUGUUACGCGAACGCGAAGUUGGUUGGUUAGAAAGAAGUUCGGUCGCGAAGGAAAGCAGGAAAAAUCAUCCUUUGCUCGUCGUCCCCUCCCCCGGCGGAACAAAACUCGUCAAACUGAAGCCCGGAAUCACAGCGAUGGAGAUCAGCAAAACGACAAUCGGCAUUGCGGCCGGCGUGGCCGGAACCCUUUUCCUGGGGUAUUGCAUCUACUUCGACCACAAGCGCCGCAAAGAUCCGGACUUCAAGAAGAAGCUGCGAGAGAGGAGGAAAGCAAAGAAGGCCGCUUCUGCCUCUGGAGGGCCAAGGACAACGAUGCCCAACAUGGCAGACCACGAAGAAGUGCAAAGAUUUUUCCUGCAGGAAAUCCAGAUGGGCGAAGCGCUCAUCUCUUCCGGUGACAUCGAGAACGGCGUGGAGCAUUUGGCCAACGCAGUGAUCGUCUGCGGUCAGCCAGCACAGCUUCUCCAAGUCCUCCAGCAGACGUUGCCAGCCCAAGUGUUCACACUUCUGAUCACCCGUAUGCGACAAUACGGAGGCCAGAGCGGAGGCGCCGAAAGCGAGCGGGCCAGACUGCAGGACAUGAACGACGAUCUGGAAUAGUUGGACGGAGUGUUGGAACCUUUAGCAGUAGUAGCAGACGGAGACUGGAGAUACCAAAUACAAGAUGCAAAGGAAAAUUCUAGAGUGAAAUGGCGUCGCACAGGCCGUUUAGAUUAAUCGGAUCAAAUACUAUUACGGAAUGAAAGGAAUAACACAGAACUUCGAGUAAACCUGCGAAAUAGAAGUGCAUUAGUAUAGCCAAAACCAACUCCUACACAUGUUAAAAGAAGCUUUUUGGGAGAGAGACAUCGUUGAAUUUACAGAGAUUCCAUUUCUCUACCGUAUUCAAGUUUUCUUAUCGGAAGUCCCUUCCUUCGAACAGCAUUACCCAGGAUUGCGAUGCAAGAUUUGAGUUUCUGUUAGGCGCGUUGUGUUGAUUUCGGAUUUGCGGUUGCAAAUACCGGGAAAUUGAUUGCUAGUUAAACGUGAAACUGUCAACUCUAUUACCUACUUACUAAUAAAAACGGAUCUUGAUGUUGCAUUGAAGAUGUCGCAUGUACUUUCUCGUACUUCCUUUGGUGGUUCGGAGCUAAAACAAAGGAAACGUUGUACCAAUAGGCAGUAGUUCAUUAUAUGUCGUACCGAGGAAUACCAAGAAGACCCUGUUGUUGAAUUUAAAUGAAGAAAACUUGAAAUGGUAAAUAAAAAGCUUUUAAAUAAACUGAA